GAAACCGCACACACACUCACACACACACACGGAGAGCUGAACAUAACAGGUUUGACCGCAGAACGCAAACUUUGACAUCAAAAGAUGUUGCUUAGCCUUGUGAUCCUCUUCUUCCUCUUCUCUCCAGUAACGUCUCUGAAGUGUUUCGUGUGCAGCUCCUCCACCACCAAUGAUGAAUGCAACCAGAGCAGUCAGAGCUGUCAGCAGCCACUCGACACCUGCAUGACCAUCGUGGACACCCUGGGUUACAUGAAAGCCAUUGUGAAGCAAUGCUCCAGCAGCAGCACAUGCAAAGGAGCAGCCUCCACCGCCUCAAUGAAUGCAGAUGGAAACGGAAACACCAUCAACUGCUGCAACUACGACAUGUGCAACUUUAGCGCAGCCGAAUCCGUUCACUCACACAUGCUGCUGCUGCUUUUAACUGUGGGCAUCCUACUGCUGCCAUCGCUCUGAGGUCCAUUAGAGAAGCAUAGAGCAUCGCCUCUACACCAAGAUAGAAAAUCAUGUAAAUACCUGUAAAUCUAUUAUAUUAUACUGAAAAGAUUUAUUUUGUAUAUAAAUGCUAAGACCUAUUAGAGAAAACCUUGUAUAUAACAUGCUGCUAAUUAUGAGAAAAUACUCAUUAAAAUGGGAACAUAGACAUGAAUAAAUAACAUUCAUUUUUUGCAACUACAACAUUUUUACAUCAGGUUGCAAAUAAAAACAACAAAUUUCCUUUUGAACAUUGUUUUAUUUUUUUCCUCAUA